AGGGAGGCUGAAGAGCCUGUGGUGGGACAAGGAGGCUGGAGAGAUUCUGGCUUAUGUGGGUGGGCGCUGGACUGACUGAUCUGGAGGAGUGGGGCUGGAGUGAAUCUUGUUUGUGUGGCAGUGUGAAGGAGGGACCUGGAGUUUAUCUGACUUUAACUCCAGUCCCACCUCCUCUAAUCUAGUUUGUGCCAUGGCUUCUCCCCUGGCUUUUGGCUGCAUGCUACUUAUUAUUAAUGUAACUUGUUUUCCUGCUGCCUCUUUGCAAACUUUUUCCUGUGGGUGUUGGGAGCUGUUGCUCAGAGGUUUUUCUGCCCAGCCCCUGCCUGAGGUAUUUUUGAUGGGGGAGGCUUAUUAUCAGAUGAUGUACACAACACAGUGGCCUCUUCUCUGUAUUGGAGGGAGCCUGCCACAACACCACUCUCCUCCCAACACUUUCUCCUGCCUUUUCCUUUUAGUGAAAUGUUGCCUUUAACCAAUUGCAUAGCGAAGGUGAAUUAAUUGCUCUUACCCUUUCUCAUAAUACAAGAUCAAGGGGACAUUCAGUGAAAUGGAAAGCAGUGAGCAUGCAGAAUUCAGAGGGCGGAUCAGAUUCAGCGACUUCUGUGGCACUGCGUACUUCUGCGUCUGCUCAAGCUCCGGUAGUGCAGCCAGUGCCAGCCUCCCAGCAGAGGGUUUUGGUUCAAACAACAAGCUCUCCUCCCAAAGGAGCACAGAUGCAGCAGAUCUCCAUUCCCAGAGUUCAGCAGGUCUCACAGCAGGUGCAAACUGUGCAGCAUGUAUACCCAGCCCAGGUCCAGUAUGUGGAAGGAGGAGAGGCUGUCUACACCAAUGGAACCAUCCGAGCCGCCUACUCCUACAACACCGAAGCUCAGAUUUAUGCCCCCAGCAGCGCAGCUUCCUAUUUCGAACCGCAGGGAGGUGGAGCACAGGUGACUACAGCGGCAUCCUCUCCUACAGCCAUUCCCUCUCACAGCAUGGUGGGCAUCACUAUGGACAUUGGGGGAAAUCAGAUCCUCUCCGGCUCAGGAGCCUAUCUCAUUCAUGGGGGGAUGGAAAACACUAGACACUCUCUGUCACUAACUUCACGCUCCUCUCCAGCAACGCUUGAAAUGGCGAUUGAAAAUCUACAAAAAAAUGAAGGGAUUACAUCACACAAAAGCAGUUUGCUCAACAGCCAUCUCCAGUGGCUGUUGGACAAUUAUGAGACUGCUGAAGGUGUGAGUCUUCCCAGGAGCUCGCUGUAUAACCAUUACCUGCGGCACUGCCAAGAGCACAAACUGGAUCCAGUGAAUGCUGCUUCCUUUGGAAAACUGAUUCGUUCUGUGUUCAUGGGGCUGAAAACUCGGCGCUUGGGAACAAGGGGAAACUCCAAGUAUCAUUAUUAUGGGAUCCGUCUAAAGCCAGAAUCUCCACUGAAUCACUUACAGGAAGACACCCAGUAUAUGGCGAUGAGGCAACAGCCCAUACACCAGAAACAAAGGUAUAGACCUGCACAGAAGAUGGAUGGCAUAAGGGAGAGUGGAUCCAACAGUAGCCUGCACACUACUCCAGAACAGUCAGUUGCAGCUCAAAGUCAACACCAUCAGCAGUUUAUAGAUGUAACCCAUGUCUUUCCUGAUUUCCCGGCACCUGAUCUAGGAAAUGUCCUCUUACAAGAGGGGAUCACCAUGAAUGAUGUCAAGACGCUACAGCUUCUUUACAGACGACACUGUGAGGCAACUUUGGAUGUUGUAAUGAACCUUCAGUUUCAUUACAUUGAGAAGCUGUGGCAGUCCUUCUGGAGUUCUAAAACACCAUCUAGUGAUGGCUCUACCACCAUGCCUUCCAGUGAAGAAGAACACGAAGGGGUCAUCUCAAAGGACAAGCUCAUCACUCUGUGUAAAUACGAUCCUAUCCUGAAAUGGAUGAGAAGCUGUGAUCACAUCCUGUAUCAGGCCCUGGUGGAGAUCCUCAUCCCUGACGUGCUGAGGCCGGUGCCUGGCACCUUGACGCAAGCCAUCCGCAAUUUUGCAAAGAGUUUGGAAGGAUGGCUGAUGAAUGCAAUGAGCGAUUUCCCCCCACAGGUAGUCCAGACAAAGGUUGGAGUAGUGAGUGCCUUUGCACAGACGUUACGGAGAUACACUUCCCUGAACCAUCUGGCUCAGGCAGCUCGAGCUGUGCUCCAGAACACCUCCCAGAUAAACCAGAUGCUCAGCGACCUCAAUCGAGUGGACUUCGCCAACGUGCAGGAGCAAGCCUCCUGGGUGUGCCAGUGUGAAGAAGGCACGGUGCAGAAGUUGGAGCAGGAUUUCAAACUCACCCUACAGCAGCAGAGCUCCCUCGAUCAGUGGGCCAGUUGGCUGGAUAACGUUGUCACCCAAGUUCUAAAGCACCAUGAGGACAGCCCCAGCUUCCCCAAGGCAGCUAGGCAGUUCCUGCUGAAGUGGUCCUUCUAUAGCUCUAUGGUGAUCCGUGACCUCACCUUGCGCAGUGCUGCCAGCUUUGGUUCCUUUCACCUGAUUCGCCUGCUCUACGAUGAAUACAUGUUUUAUCUGGUAGAGCAUCGUGUUGCCCAGGCAACAGGGGAGACACCAAUUGCUGUAAUGGGAGAGUUCAGUGACCUUGCAUCCAUGUCCUCAACACUGCUGGAUAAAGAUGACAUUAGCGACCUUGGAGGCGAGGCAGACGCAGAUUCCCGAAGUGUCGGCGAGCCACUAGUGAAGCGCGAACGUAGCGACCCUGGCUACUCGCUGCAAGAGAUCUAGAACAGGGACUUGGGUUUCCUCCAGCCAGAUGAAAUGUCUGAAGACUUUUGGACCCGGGUUUGAAAGUCAAGCCUGAAUUGCCUAGUACGCGGCGAUAUUAGUGCCUCUUAGUUUAUCUUAACGUUUACUUCUGUUCGAGAAAGGGUUUAAGGCCGUGUGAGCAUGUGUAAAGGAUGCAGCGGUUUGUGAAGAGGGUAGCAGUUUGUCCGUACAGGAAGAGCCGAUUGGAAGCCUGCUUUCUCCAUCUUUCUACAUGUAAAAGGAGCACAAUUGGUAGGUGAAGGGUGAUGGUUCAAAAAAAUCCAUGAAGGACAACGGCUUCAUGGUUGACAAUGAAUUGAACUCCCUGGCCUUGGGAUGCUCCCAGGACGGGUUGCUUGAGCCCUGUUCACCUGAUCAGGUUGCUUUGGAGUAGAGGGGGUCAGAUUAGGGGUUAAGGGGGCUUCUGUUUCAGGGGGCGGGGUUUGGGUUUCUUCUCCGCUUUUUCAGACUUCACUGUGAUUUGGAACUUGCACCAGUCAGUGCCCGAGAAGAACCCUCCUAUGUCCUUUUGGGAUGGGGCGUCCAGCCUGGCCAAUCACACUGUGGGAUUACAGUACAACCUUCUCUUGUACCUACCUGGAGAGAAGGGCCCUGUGCUGUGUCUCUAUCUGACCCGUGCAGGGUGGUGCGUAGUGUGUAGUUUGGGCUUUGCAUGACACAACUUUCCUACCCGAUCCUCUGUUACUUGCUGUGUAUUGCUGCUUGUAGUCCAUGAAUGAUUCUGUGACCGCCCUGUAAAUGGUUCAGAACUCUGACUCUCACGGGAGCAUCUGGGACCCUUUCCGUCUGAUUUGAGAUACCAAAGGACUUGGAGGAAGCAGCAGCUGGUCACAACAUUUGUUCUUUGCCCUCCACGCUCUAAUGCGAACAGUAACUGUAGGGAGACAACAAAAGGAAUAAGGCAUGCGCAUCCUCACCAGGAUAUUUCAGCGUAAGGCAGAUUUAGGCCCAGAGCCUCAGCACCUGUUAUAAUUUUUAACAGUCAGAUCUGCCAUGCUGCCAAAAUGUUGAAUGUAGGGUCUGGGGGGGUGGGGGGAGAAAGAGCAGCUAACCCAGGGCACAGGCCCGUGGCAUGAGCAUGGAUGCUGGGGUUACAUUGCAGUGCCUUAGGGAGGACUGGCGCACCUGCUUUCCUCUGCCGUUCCAGUUUAAACUGAUACAGUAGUGCCUGUCGCUCGGAAUACGAGGUCUGAAAACAGUAAGUUAACCAGUUUCCAUGUAGCAUUCGUGAGCUCCUUGUGGGGCACUUUGGCCAGGUUCAUGCUCCACCCCACAGUGGCAUCUCCCAGCCUUGUAUCAUUUACCACUGCAGAUCAUUCUCAUUGCUGUGACCGAACACUGCACAUGUGUGGCUUAGAGAAUCUAUCCCAAGGUGUUUAUGUACACUGCUGUGUCCUGUAGGGCUCGUGUUAUGUCAUUAUCUACGCGGUGUGAGAAGGGACAAAAUUCUAGCAUCAAACCAAACGGCGCAAAAAAAAAAGUGCAAAUUUUUGUGAAUAAAUGCGGUGUCAUAACUUUCAUUAUUAUUUCUGAUUUAUAUGAGUAUUUACUGUGAGCUUUCCCCAAACUCUCAUGUGCAUUUGCAUAUCGAAGUAUAAUCUAUCCACCAUAUAAUACUCAUUAAUUCCAAAAGGUACUAACCGUGCAGUAGCAAUUUUUUUUAAAGUGUGAGAGCUAAGGGAAAGUUGUCUAGUGGCAGAUCUUCCUACACUAGGUUACAGUACAGUUGUCCAUGCGAGGGUGCUGUGUCUCUAGAAAUAUGUCACAAACUCAGGGAGAGACAUGGCAAAGCGUGACUUGUUUGCAGAACUAAAUUUGUAAAGACUGGCAGCGUCUAGUGUCCUAGCCACUGUCUGAACCUCAGAUGCCGCGGCUUAAAAACAACCAGCACAAUCUUACAUUCCCUUGCUCUUGAAGAAUUUGAUGUUAAUUGCAGCUGUUAUUCUUUGCAGCUUGUAACCGCUGAAUACAUCAAACUUCUGCUUGCCACGUAAGUGCAAAUGAGAAUACAAGUGAGGUAGGCCAGCUAUUUUGAUAGAUGCCCAAAAUGGACAUGGCACAAAAAUCCCAGUUAAUACAUGUUUAUUACUGUUCUUUUUUUAAGGGCUCAGACCUAUAUAAGAACAAAUUCUUAUGGCCCCCGUUCCUUCUUUAUCUACCCAAACCCUACUGCUGUAGCCGCUCAGAGGGCGAGCAUGGGCUCCACAGAGGCUGUCAGCUUAAAGCAAACCUGAUCACCUCACUUUUCUUUGAAGUUAUCUGCUUCAGCUAGGUGGUUCUGUGCUGGGGUGCCUGCUGUGAGAGAAGAGGAUAGGACCACACAGUGAGUUGGCACCUCAGAGCCUUAAUUAGAGACUGCCUUACUGCCCCCCCAGCCUUUAAUCAUUGUCACGGGAUGGAAGGGAAGUGGGGGAGAGACACUGAAGACAUGACAGUCCACCCCCUGGAACAUAUUCUCCUCCAAAUACCAUAUAAACAUGGCUCACAGAGGCAGGGGUGGAGGGAAGGGAGGGGCCUUUGUACCUAUAUCAAACUAUCUUUAUAUAGCCUCCCAUGUGGUAUAGAUACAGCUGCGGGGGUUUGGCCCUGGCCAGGGAAGCUUUCCCUCCACAUGAGGCUGAAAAACAAUAGAGAACAGAUGCUAAAAAAGUUAGUGAUUCUGUGCUGGCCACAUGACCAGGGUGCACUGAAUGCUCAGGUCCCUUUCACGCCUGCUGUCCAGCAGACGUACUCCCAAGGUGCUACUGUGCUGGCCAAAUAAUGAACACGCUCGGUGAAAUGUCCUGGGCAUGAGGCUCCCGCAUCAUCUCAGAUGCUGAGGGAAUAAACAUCUACCUACCUAAA